GACAGUUUCCCACUCCAUUUCUUCAUCUAUCGCCCUCUGCGCAAUCCCUCCUGUAUGGUGGACAUUCUUCUCCAUUCUUCUUUCUUGGGUGAUAUGGGGGAUCAUUCCAAAAAGAAGUCCGGAAUCGCAAUGUGUGUCGGCUGUGGAAGUCAGAUCCAUGACCAGUACAUCCUAAGAGUCUCCCCAGACCUCGAGUGGCAUGCAGCCUGCCUGAAGUGCGCGGAAUGCAGCCAGUACCUGGAUGAGACAUGCACUUGCUUCGUUCGAGAUGGCAAGACCUACUGCAAACGAGAUUACGUAAGGUUGUUCGGGAUUAAGUGCGCAAAAUGUAACAUCGGCUUUUGCAGCAGCGAUUUAGUCAUGAGAGCUCGGGACAAUGUUUAUCACAUGGAGUGUUUCAGAUGCUCAGUGUGUAGUAGACAUCUCCUCCCCGGAGAUGAGUUCUCUUUGCGAGACGAGGAACUGCUGUGCCGGGCCGAUCAUGGCUUACUGAUGGACCGCAGCUCAGCAGGAAGUCCCAUCAGCCCCGGAAAUAUUCACUCUAGCAGAUCCAUUCACUUGACAGAGCCUGUGCCGGUAAGGCAGCCCCCACACCGGAACCACGUUCACAAACAGUCAGAAAAAACCACUCGUGUACGGACAGUGCUGAACGAGAAACAGCUCCACACUCUCCGAACCUGCUACAAUGCAAACCCUCGACCGGACGCUUUAAUGAAAGAACAGUUGGUGGAGAUGACCGGAUUGAGCCCACGGGUAAUACGAGUGUGGUUCCAAAACAAACGUUGUAAAGACAAGAAGAGGGCCAAUCUCAUGAAGCAACUUCAACAGCAGCAUCACAGUGAUAAAACAAAUCUGCAGGGCCUAACAGGUACGCCUCUGGUAGCUGGCAGUCCGAUCAGACAUGACAACACUGUCCAAGGGAAUCCAGUCGAAGUACAAACGUAUCAGCCACCGUGGAAAGCCUUAAGUGAAUUUGCCUUACAAAGUGACCUGGAUCAGCCUGCUUUCCAACAACUGGUGUCAUUUUCAGAGUCAGGUUCCCUGGGCAAUUCGUCAGGCAGCGAUGUGACUUCACUGUCGUCGCAGUUACCGGACACUCCGAACAGCAUGGUCCCGAGUCCAGUAGAGACGUGAGAUCGGGCCCUCACCAGUGGCUCCCGUCCCAGCAUGCUCCCGCGCGUCCUGCAUGAGAACAGAUGACCUCACAACCUCGAAAAAGAAAAAGGAUUAAUUAAAAUGACACCUACACGAUGGAUCUUAAUGUGAAGAUACACUUUGCCAAAACUAGGAGAGACUUGCCCGGACGAAUUCUAGUUUCCUUACCUCUGGCAUCACAUCUGAUAAAAUGUCUAUGGAUCCAUCAAAACCAGAAGAUACCCCGAGGAAUACAAACAAACGAUUUUGAUUUGGGUUAUGAACCAGACUCCUCUUCUUUUAGUCUGUUUUAACAGUAUUCAUUAAUGGCCAUUGUAUAGAUUUAUCAACACGCGAAUGAUUUUCCUAGUUCUUUGAGGCAGCAGAGACACAUAUUUGUCCAUUGCGCAUGAUCUCCGCAGAUGGUGUAAAACUGACUCUUGUAAAAUAUUUUAUCUUAUCGGAUGGAAGACUGAUUGUUUGAACUUCUCAAGAAAAAAAGUAAGUUAUUGUUAUUUAUUGUCGGGACGUCCGUCCAUAUCAGAAUUAAGAAUUGAACUUAAUAAACUAUGUUAAGUGCU